AUGCCGCUGCUUGCGGAUUAUGCUAUUUCAUCUUAUACACCAUCCUUGUCCGCAUUGCUCGAUCCACCUGAUAUAGCUCCAUCAUCGAAUUUCCAACUAUUGACGGUAAUAGAGCCAUCAGCUCCGGGAGCUUCCUAUAUCCCUAAUACUGAAAAGGAACUAGAGAAUAUUCGGCACCAUUUUGAGGAUCAAGACAUCGUCGUUUUCGCGGCUUCAGAAGCGACAAAGAAAGAGGUCAUGAAGGAAAUGAAGAAUUGUCACUGGCUCCACCUUGCGUGUCAUGGCAUUCAGAACCCAAUAGAUCCUACCAAAAGCGCUCUUCUUCUCCGUGACGGCCAUUUGACUCUUGAGGAUAUCACCCGACUUGAUCUUCCUCAUGCAGAGUUUGCUUUUCUUUCUGCUUGUCAGACCACGACAGGAGAUGAAAAACUUUCUGAAGAAGCGGUGCAUAUUGCUGGAGGGAUGUUAUUGGCCGGAUACCGAAGCGUUGUGGCAACAAUGUGGUCUAUUCGGGAUGAACUCGCACCAGAGGUGGCAGAAGAGUUUUAUGCACAUAUACGGAAGGAUAGUGGGCGGCCUGAUGUCAAAAAAGCGGCAGAGGCCCUGCAUAUUUCCGUGAACAAGCUUCGUGAGAAGCACAAGUUACCGCUU